ACGAAAGGUUUGGAAUUAUAUCUAAGCACGAUUUUAUUUUUUAUUACUUUUCUAUUAUUGCAUAAGAUUUUUAAACUUCGUUGCAACCAGAGAAAUUUUCUAAUUUUAGUCGAUAUUAGCUUUAACUUGAUAACCUGACCGCUUGCAAAUUAGCAGCAAUCAGUACAUGUUAACAACAAAAUUAUGUACCAUAUCGUCGUUCACUGCUAUGGGUAUUUGGGGUCUUACAAAAAAGAGAGGUGACAACGAAGCAAUCAUAACUACAAAAGAAGUUCUAAUAGCAAAAGCCGAUGCAUUAUACGAGCAAGAACAAUACCAGGAAAUACAUGACCUUCUAAUAAAUUAUAAAGAUAGCGGUGAUAUUGAAAUUAUAUGGCGUUUGUGUAGAGCAAUGUAUAAAUUGUCUAAAAUUGUGAGUGAAGUGGAUGGAAAGAAAUUAAUUUUCGAAGCUUAUGAUUUAAUACUUGAAGCACUUGAGAUAAAAGAGGAUAAUUGGGCUGCACACAAAUGGGCAUCGAUUCUUCUUAAUUCUAAGACUCUUUAUGAAGGAGUAAAAGCACAAAUAAAAGAGUCAUAUAAUAUUAAGAAACAUAUGCUGAGAGCAAUGGAACUAAAUCCAAAAGAACCAACACUUAUGUACAUGCUUGGUACUUGGUGCUAUCAAGUUGCUGAUUUAACAUGGUAUCAAAGAAAAAUUGCAUCUGUAAUAUUUGGAGAACCGCCAUCUUCAUCAUUCGAGGAAGCUCUAAAAUAUUUUGAAACUGCAGAGGAAAUUGAUCCCAAUUUCUAUAGUCAAAAUUUAUUAAUGUUGGGAAAAACCUACUUAAAAUUAAAUCAAAAAGAGCUAGCUACGAAAUAUUUAAAAAUGGCCCUUGAUUAUCCUGCAAAGAACGAAGAUGAUCGAGAUGCUAAACAGGAAGCGCAGAAGUUGUUAAAGAAAUUUUAACAAACUGGACAGAAGUUAUAAUCUAUUAUAUGAUAAAUUGGAAUUGAAGGGAUAGAAGGGAUAAAGAAAAAUUUAGAAUCUAUCUUUUAAGUAGAAGUAUAAAAUUUAUUUACUAUAAUGUACAAUACAACUUAUGUGUGAUGAGCCUGUUA